AUGACCUCAACCUGGCAAGAACGAGCCCAAAAGAAGCGGGAGUCCAUCUUGGCGGCUAUUCCACCGGAAUGGAGACUCGCAUCCCCGUUGCCCUCGCCUGCCGAACAAAAAGAUGUUACCGGUCCUUAUGUGCAACAGUUCCUGUCCCCUCGAGAAAUCGAGAUCACCGAGAGUGACGCCGUUUACAUCACCGAGCAGACAACGACGGGGAAAUGGACUGCCGUCGAGGUCGUGACGGCUUUCUGCCAUCGAGCAGCGCUGGCACAUCAACUGACGAAUUGCCUGCACGAGGUGUUCUUCGACCUCGCCAUCGCACGCGCCAAAGAACUCGACGCGGUGUUUGCGGCCGGCAAUGGUCCCACGGGUCCGCUGCACGGUCUCCCUGUCAGCUUCAAGGAUCAGUUUCACGUCAAGGGCGUGGAGACGACCAUGGGCUACGUCGGGUGGAUCGACACGUUCGAGGGCGUCAAGGGCACGGGCAAAGAGCGCAACGUCGAAAGCGAACUAGUCCGCGAGGUCAAGGCUCUGGGAGCGGUGCCGUAUUGCAAGACCAGUCUGCCGCACACCGUCAUGAGUGGCCUCACGUGGAACAACAUCGUGGGCUUCACGUUGAAUCCCAACAAUCGCCUCAUGAGCUGCGGUGGGAGCUCCGGCGGCGAAGGUGCCCUGAUCAGCAUGCGAGGAAGUCCCAUCGGCUUCGGCACGGAUAUUGGAGGGAGUAUCAGGAUCCCCUCUGCUUUCAACGGCCUGUACGGCAUCAGGCCUUCCUUUGGUCGCCUGCCGUACGCGGGCGCCGCCAACAGCAUGCCCGGCCAAAACACCAUCCCGUCCGUAUGCGGGCCGCUGGCACCAACGUCUGGGGCACUGAAGCUGAUGCUCCGGUCGAUACUGAGCCAGCAGCCAUGGCUCCACGAUCCAGCCGUGGUGGAGAUGCCCUGGAGGGACGAGCUGUGCUCGCCACUGCCCGCAGACGGCAGCAAGCUCACCUUUGGGCUGCUGCCGACCGACGGCAUUGUGAAUCCCCAGCCCGCCGUCCGCCGAGCCUUCGAGACCGUCAAGGAGCUGAUUCUCGAAAUGGGCCAUCAUGUCGUAGAGUGGAAGCCGCCGUCGCACACGAGGGCCAUCGAACUUGCCUUCGAAGCCUUCACCGCCGACUCCGGUCUCGACAUCUGGCACCACAUCGGCCUCUCGGGCGAGACUCUCCAGGACCGGGUCCAGGAAAUAUACGGCAAACAGCCCGGGACGCCCAAGACGAUCGACCAGGUCUGGGACCUCAACCUCAAGCUCCGCCAGUAUCAGCAGGAGUACAUGGACUACUGGAACAGCACGGCCGAAUUGACCGGGACGGGGAGACCGGUGGACGCGGUCCUAACCCCCGUCGCGCCUUUUGCGGCGCUGCAGUUUGAGAAGGCGAUGCAUGUGGGCUAUACCCCCUGGGUCAACACCCUCGACUAUACGUCCGUGGUCUUCCCUGUCACCAAGGUCGACAAGACGAUCGACACCUUCGACAAGGACUACCAGCCGAUGAAUGACCUAGACAAGAAGAUCUGGCAAGAAUACGACCCUGAUGUCCAACAAGGCACGCCGGUGGGUCUACAACUGGUCGGACGCAGACUGCAAGAAGAGAAGAUCCUGGGGAUCGUCGAGCUGCUGUCCACAGCCCUCGCCGUGAAGCAGAAGAGCUCAUGA